CGAACCACCUCAAUGAGAUGCAAACAUGAAAGACAAGAGGAAGAAGAAGGACCGCACCUGGGCCGAGGCUGCCCGCCUGGCAUUGGAAAAGUACCCCAACUCACCAAUGACUGCAAAACAAAUACUGGAAGUCAUUCAGAAAGAAGGGUUAAAAGAAACAAGGAAUGGAACCUCUCCAUUAGCUUGCCUGAAUGCAAUGCUUCAUACUAACACUCGUGUAGGUGAUGGAACAUUCUUCAAAAUCCCUGGGAAGUCGGGACUCUACGCUCUCAGAAAAGAAGAAUCAACAUGUCCUACUGAUGGAACAUUGGAUUUAGGAUGUGAUUCUGAGUUAGAUGGCACUGAAAUGGCUGAGACAAACAAUAAUAAUGGAGAAGGAAAUGGUGUUUGCCCAAAGCAGACAUCUGAAGAAAUGUCUUCCAGUCGUGAUUCAAGCCUUACUAAUACACCGGUGCAAAGCAAGCUAGUAUCUUCCUUCCAGCAGCACACAAAGAAAGCACUGAAGCAGGCUUUAAGACAACAGCAGAAAAGAAGAAAUGGAGUCUCAAUGAUGGUAAACAAGACUGUUCCUCGUGUUGUUUUGACACCAUUAAAGGUGUCUGAUGAGCAGUCGGAUUCACCUUCAGGGUCUGAAUCUAAAAAUGGUGAAGCAGAUGGUUCUGAUAAAGAGAUGAAACAUGGGCAAAAGUCUCCAACUGGAAAACAAACAAGCCAGCACUUAAAGAGGUUAAAAAAAUCUGGUUUAGGACAUUUGAAAUGGACCAAAGCUGAGGAUAUUGACAUAGAAACACCAGGAUCUAUUCUAGUCAACACUAACCUGAGGGCUUUAAUAAAUAAACACACAUUUGCUUCUUUACCUCAGCAUUUUCAACAAUACCUCUUGCUUUUGCUUCCAGAAGUAGACAGACAGAUGGGAAGUGAUGGAGUUUUGCGCCUCAGUAGUUCUGCUCUGAAUAAUGAGUUCUUCGCGUAUGCAGCGCAGGGGUGGAAACAGCGAUUGGCAGAAGGAGAAUUUACACCAGAAAUGCAGUUGCGCAUCAGACAAGAGAUUGAAAAGGAAAAGAAAACAGAACCUUGGAAAGAAAAAUUCUUUGAAAGGUUUUAUGGUGAAAAAUUGGGAAUGUCAAGAGGGGAAUCUAUGAAACUCACUGCAGUGCAGAAUAAUGAUGAAAGUGAAAGCAAUUCUUCAUGUGGAUCUUCUGGCACACCUGGUCCUUCUAAGCAAGCAACCUUUGAGGACCAAGAAGAGAAAGGUGCUAAAAUUCCACCUUUACCAGAGGGAGAUUAUUGUCCAUCUCUUUGUAGUAUGGAACAGGUUCCUGUCAAGGAUACAACAGCAGACUCUGAGGAUAUACUGAUACCUGAAGAAUCACUCAUUCAGGAGGAGAUUGCUGAAGAGGUUGAGACAAGUAUUUGUGAAUGCCAAGAGGAGAACCAUAAAACAGAACAUGAGUUUUCUGAGGAGUCAGUAAGUCCAGCUGGCACAAAUGAAGAAACAGAGGCAGUACAGCUUGCAGACAGCACUGAGUCCUGUGUCAUGAUGAAUGAUGUAACUGAUACUGUAUCUCACAUUGAAAUUAAGGUGGAGUUGAAGUCAGAAAGCCCUCAGGAGGAGAUGUCAGUUGUGAUAGAUCAGCUGGAAGAUUGCAUAUCACCAGCACGAUCAGCUUCAUCCACAAACUCUGUCAGUGAUACAGCAGAGAAGGAUUCUGAGUCUGCAAAAGAGCUAAUUGCACCAGAAAUGCAAAAUGCUGCUCUGGAAGGUUCCUUGUUCACUGGUGGAGGCAUUGCAGUGGAUAUGGAGCUUCAAAGUGACCCCGAGGAACAGCUGUCUGAGAAUGCUUGUAUUUCUGAAACUUCCUUUUCCUCUGGAAGUCCAGACGGACCAUGUGUUUGUAUUGCCUCUCCUGGAGGAGACACUCAGUCGACUUCAGAGGAACCCUGUACUCCAGCAUCUCUUGAAACAGCUUGCUCAUCUGAAGUGUCCAGUACUGAAAAUAUUGAUGGCGAUAUUCAGCAAAAGGCCAGGGAUGAAAACUUGCACACACCUUUAAUGUCAGAAAUCUCGCCAAUGUCCACUUCACCUGUAACCUCAGAAGCAUCUCUGAUGUCAAAUUUACCUUUAACAUCAGAGGUAUCACCGGCUUCUAAUUUACCUUUAACAUCAGAAACAUCUCCAAUGUCUGAUUUGCCUUUAGCAUCAGAAACAUCUUCAGUAUCUUCUGUUCUUCUAACCUCUGAAACACUUGUGGCAAAUAGUUUGCCUCUUCCAUCAGAGACAUCUCCAGUUUCUAAUUCCCCAAGCAAUGAAAGACUAAUUCUGCCACAAAGGAAAUCACCUGGUUUGUUGGAAGACUCCCUUCCCACUUUGAAUGAAGAAAGCUCUACCAUUCCUAAAGUGGCUCCAGAAGAGAAUCUUGUUAUUCAGCCAAAGCAACUUCAGAGUGCCCCUGCAAAUCUGAAAGUUGGUCCACUAGCAAUUAUACCUGAUACUUCAGUGUUGGAAGAGUCCCAAAGCAAAAACCUCAGUCAUCAGCCUUGUAAGUCACAUUCUGAAACUGAGAAACCCUACAUUGCAUCCAUACCAGAACACUCGCCUCCAGAGGUGAUCAAAAUUAAAAAUCACAGUGUUCAGCAAAGAAGUGAGAAGAAAGGAACACUCUUGCCAUCAGAGGUAGCUGUCUUAUCAGAAGGACCAGUCAGCAAAAAUAUUGAAUUGCUUCCAACAAAGCCACAUGAUAAACUAUAUACCUCAUCUCUAGAGAAAGCUACACUCUCUGAAGUGUGCAGGAGUAAAUCUCACAAGCAGACAGGUAGCAACCAAAGCCGUCUAGAGAGUUCACAUUCUUCCAAGUCAUUAGAACCCACAAAAUCACCUGAAGUGAGGAAUGAAAGUAGAGACCCAGAGAUCCCAAAGAGGAAAACAGCAGAACAGCACAGUUUUGGAAUCUUCAAAGAGAAGAGAGCUAGAAUAGAUGAUGAUCAGCCUAACCGUAGUGCUUCAUCAACAAGUCCGUCUGAUAAAGAUCAGCCACCCAGAGAAGAACCCCGAGUUCCACCACUUAAGAUUCAGCUUUCAAAAAUUGGACCACCGUUUAUCAUCAAGAGCCAACCUGUUUCUAAACCAGAACCUCGGGUUUCCCCAAGUACAUCGGUCAGCAGCGGGAGAAACACUGGGGCUAGAACUCUUGCAGAUAUCAAAGCAAGAGCUCAGCAAGCAAGAGCCCAAAGAGAAGCUGCAGCUGCAGCAGCCGUGGCAGCAGCUGCGAGCAUAGUCUCUGGAGCAAUGGGGACCCCAUGCGAAGGUGGGAAGACAAGAACACUGGCACACAUCAAGGAGCAAACAAAGGCCAAGCUAUUUGCAAAGCAUCAAGCCAGAGCUCAUUUACUCCAGACUAAUAAAGAAUCCAAGUCGCAGUUCAGCUCAAAGGAAAGUACCUCAUCUCUGGAGAUACCAGCUUCUACUGACACAAAGAUUGAAGGUUCUACUGGUGUCAUUAUAGUUAAUCCUAACUGCAGGUCCCCUAGCAACAAGUCUGCUCAUCACCGCGAGACCACCACUUUGUUGCAGCAGUCACUUAACACAGCCACAUUACCAGAGACUGCUACUGAGAUACCUGUGCACAGUUCUGAUGAAAAUAUACCUAUGCCACAAUUGUGUGAGAAAAUUAUUUCAUCUACCUCUACUGAAAGUAACAGUGUGCCAGUGCUUUAUAAUAAAAGUUCGGUCUCUGUGUCUGUUUGCAGCACUGCUAUGUCUGGAGCAAUUAAAGAACUUUCUUUUGCAAGUUCUGUUGAUAAAUCCUCUGUUUUAAUGUCUGUUGACAGUGCAAACACAGCAGUUUCAGCGUGUAAUAUCAAUAUGCUGAAAACCAUCCCAGGGGCUGAUACUCCAUGCAUAGCUGUUGGACCAAAAUGUGUUGAUAACAGUAACGUACCAGUCUCCAUAGACAGUGCGGCCUUAUCAAACGCCAUGGAUGAGAAGAGGCUGCCGAUACCAAGUAGCAAUGCGAGUAACGCAGUCUCCAGUCAUUAUGCCACCGUGGUGCCAGCUUCAUCUCUUGCAAAUAAGUUGCCAAAUCAUCUCUCUGGUAGUUCCGUACUGAUUCCCCCAGUGGGGACUACCAACAGGUUUUCUUCUGAUAAGAUAGCCAUAACUGGGUGUAACGAGCAAAGCACUGUCUCCAUUCACACGACCACUAGGUCAGCUCUAAGUUGCAGCGAGGCGCUUGCAGUAGCAGAUUCUGUUGCAAGGCCACCCAUUUCAAUGUUUACUGGUAACAUGGUGACAAUAAGCUCUUAUGAAAAUGCUACUAAAUUAAAUGCUGAUCUCUUAGAAAAAAGCUCUGGAGCACGAAACCGAAUGGAUCUCUCUGGUAAACCUCAGCCAGUGAGCUUUGCACAAACUGCCAUGAAUAGGUCUAUACCUUGCAAAGUCAUUGUUGACCACACUACAAACCUGAAUGCCAGUCUGUCCCUUUCUUCUUCUAUUGAAAAUGCAGAGAACAGCAUUGACCUGCAGAGCAGACCUGUAAGGACAGAAGCUGCCUUACAAAGUAUAGCCUGUCCUCAGGUGUCUGUCAUAAGCAGGCCUGAAGCGGUCUCUAAUGAAAGCCUUGAGCACAGUUCCAGCUUUCUCACCAUCACAGCAAAGCAAGACAGCAAGAACUUGCAGGCAGGUUGUUCAAGUCUUCGAGAAGUGCCUCUUGCUCCUCAAGAUAAAUUAAAUGAGGUGGUUACUCCCAGCCAAGGUUUUGCUGAGCAAUUAAGAGGUCCUUCAGCAUUUAAAAAUGAAGCAGAUGCUGCCUGUACCAAUCAGUAUAACACUAACAGUAGAAUUUGUUGGCAUGAUGAAGAGGCAAUGAGUACAGACCAGCCAGUGGUCAACCAUCUUAACUCCAAUAAGCAUAAGGAAUACGCAGAGCAAAACUGCUUAAAAAAUGUCAAAACCGAACCUUCCAGUUACACACAGAUGUCAGAACUGCAAUCCAGGAGUCUGUUGCCGAGCAUUGCUGUUCCUGUGAAAUCGGAAACUAACGAGUCUGACAAGUGCUUCAGGAUGGACACUGAGGAUUUUACAGGACCUGAAAUGCCUGCCCAGGCUGCAGAAAUAGCCACAAGUGUGCAGCCACCACAGACCUCCAAGACAUCCAUUGCGGACUCCAUGGAAGACUCCCUGUCCCUGACAACAGAUACCCUGAAGAGAGUUACCGGUCCCGGCGGCUCUAGCUGUCGCUUGUCAUCAGUGGAGGCCAACAAUCCUUUAGUGACACAGUUACUGCAAGGCAAUCUGCCUCUAGAGAAAGUGCUGCCGCAGCCCAGAUCAGGAGCCAAACUAGAAAUUAACAGGCUUCCCUUGCCUUUGCAAACUACCUCAGUAUGUAAAACAGCAGUGUCCGAGAGAAAUAUUGUUGAACAUCCUUCCAACUCUCCUAAUCCAGAUGGUAAAGGGUUUACAACAGGCAGCAUAGCCCCUCUACAAAUCAGAAAGCGUGAAAACCAUCCGAAAAAGAGGAUGGCCAGGACUGUAGGGGAACAUGCUCAAAUUAAAUGUGAGCCUGGGAAAGUGUCAAUGGACACAGAUGUUAAAGUGGCUCCUUGUGUAAUUAGUUCCAGCAUGAAUCAGCUAGGGCAUGGUCAGUCAUUUAAGCAGGAGUGGCUGAGCAAACAUGCCAUUCAGAACCAAAUCACUCACAGCCCAGAGAUCAAGCAGCAGAAGAGGCCUCUGCCUUCAUGCAGUUUCCAGCAGAGCUUAUUUCAUAUUGAUAAAAAUGGCAGCUUUCAUGCAGAUGCUAGUACCUCACAUAGACACCAUUUUUACCAAAUGUCCAUGGCUGCAAGAGGCCCCAUUCCUACGGCAGCUUUGUUGCAAACUACUUCAAAAGGCCCACCUGGCUGCAACGCAUUUACUUUUAGCAGACACCUGGAACAGAAGGGCUUGGGAGAUGUGAAUAUUUCUACAGCAGCUCACCAGCUGAGGCUAGGAAGCGUGUUUUCCCCUAAUAUUCAAAUUAAGGAAGGUGAUGACAUUGCCAGUGCCUCUCAGACUCUGCAGAGCAAAACAUUAGUGCAUCCCCCUCCACCCCCUCCGCCCCUGCCACCUCCUCCCCCCCCUCACCCAAAUGCAGAAGUCCCCUCUGAUCAAAAACAACCGACAGUUACUAUGGAAACCACUAAAAGACUUAGUUGGCCUCAGCCAGCAAGCAUCUGUAGCAAUAUAAAAUCUGAACCUAUUUCUUUUGAGGAAGGUUUAAGCAGCAGCUGCGAACUGGGCAUGAAGCAAGCUUCCUAUGAUCAGAACGAAGUGAAAGAACAGUUAAAAGCAUUUGCAUUAAAAAAUGCAGAUUUCUCUUCCUAUUUACUCUCUGAGCCACAGAAGCCUUUUACCCAACUUGCUGCUCAGAAAAUACAGACACAGCACCCACAGCAGCAACAGCAGCAGCAGCAGCAGCAGCAGCUCUGUGGGAAUUACCCAACAAUACACUUCGGUAGCACAAGCUUCAAAAGGGCGGCAUCUGCAAUUGAGAAAUCGAUUGGGAUUUUAGGAAGUGGCUCAAACACUGCCACAGGUCUGCCUAAUCAGAAUGCCCAGAUCCCGGUUCAGAAAUUUGCUGACAGCAGCAAUGCCGAUGAACUGGAACUGAAAUGCUCCUGCAGGCUGAAAGCCAUGAUCGUGUGCAAAGGCUGCGGAGCCUUUUGUCAUGAUGACUGCAUAGGGCCUUCCAAACUGUGUGUAGCUUGUCUGGUUGUGCGGUAGGAACUGAAUCAAAGAUGCAGUAUCCCUGAUCAGCGUGGGAGUGCAGGACAAAGGAACGGAGAAUUGGAACCCUUUAGGCCACUGAUGGUUUGCAACUAGUUAAUUGACUUGGGGUUUUUUAUUAUUAUUCUUAUUUUAAUUAUUAUUAUUUUCUUCCCCGUGGUGCUUUCAGAAUUUAGUUAUUCCUGCCUGAGUGCCGUUUUCUGGGGAGAAGAGGAAACCUGUAGAAGUAGGGUUGGUUUUGUGUUUUUGUUUUUUUUUAAAAAAAGCCUUGUUACUGGACCUUCCAUGAGCUCUCUUGCUGUGUUAAAAAAAAGAAAGAAACAAAAAGGCAUUAGUGCAUGUCAUUUAUAGCUUCUAUUUAUUUGCACAAAGUGCAGCACGUUUUUUCUCCACUUUUUGAUGGCUGAUGCAAUCUGCAGGUUAAAUAUCAGUGGAAGAAUUAACUCUGCAAGAAGUGGAGUAACUAUGCAGAAUGAAUAACACUGAAUAGUGACUAUUUUGAGUGGGGUACUACAAAGGUGCAGAGUAGCAGCUGUAGUAGCUUCUAAGUUGGUUUGCAGUUUUUCUGCUGAUAGGAUUGUUUUCUUCUAAGGACUUUCACUAUCUAGGUCUAAAAUAUAGUCACUCCACCUAGAAAAAAGGAAAAAAUAAAAUAAAAAAAGAGAAAUUUAGAUUGUUAGAGGAGUUUCCUUACAUGCCUGACAGGGACUGUGGAACUCAAGUCUUACUCAUCUCUUCUUGUUGAUUCCUUCAGAAAGAUUUGUAUAUGUGGUGGGUUAGUGGGACCAACACUGGAAUCACAUUGGCUUCAUUAGAGUCCAGAGAAAGUAACUUAUCUACUGGGGAUUAGAAACCUGUUUUCUCUUCUGGUUUCCCACACAGAUAAUCUUUAUUUGUAUUUGUCUCCCUACUCUGUCCACUUGAAUUGUCAAUCCCAGAUAUAAAUGUAUAGAGAGAAUGUCAGACUUAUGUAAUAGGUUCUGGAUGUUUUUGCCUUUCUGUGGCCUAAAAAUGAGGUGUUCUUACGAUGAAUGAAUAAGGAAAGAUUCUAAUUGCAUAUUGUUUGAAUAUUAGAUUAUCAUUUGUUUUACCUCUUAUGUGAGUUACUUUAAAUAACAUCUCAGAGUUUUGCCAUUUGAAGUAAUUCUUGGAAUUACUUACAGCUCUGACUGUUUGUUUGUUUGUUUGUUUUUCUCAAAGGAAUUCAGACCCCUUUUAGAAAUUUGGAAGCAAAAAGGCAUUUUUAAAAGGGAUACUGCAUCUUUAAGCUAACCUUCAGUAUUUAUCCAGUACUGUACUGACAUUUAGGACUAUAGCUGCAUUCCAGAUGCACUAGCCACCAUAACAGCAGAGAAGAAAAAUGAUAUUUUGGAGGCCGUAUUCACCUAAAAGGAAAAUAAUAUAAAGGGAUAAAGCACAUGCAUUUGCUGGGGAGAUGGUUUUUUUUUUACUCCCACUUCAAGAUCACAAAAUGUGGAGUGCAAGUCAUCCAUCUGCUAGUGUGUGGUUGGGUCUGCCCAAAUGUCAGCAUCAGAGAGAAAUGUUAUUUUUACCAUUACAGUAGAACCUCACUAAUCUGAAGACCUUACAGUCUGCUCAUGAUUUUCCUUCCACAAUUUUUGGAGAGCAGUGUAGUAAGAAUGUGUGAGAUGUAAUACUGCUUGGAUUUUAUGAUGCAUACUGUUGCAUUCAGAAAUAUUAAUGAGAAUGAUAGAACUACAUUUAGGAAAUAAGAAGUAUCCUACAUUUUACACUCUACUUUUUAAAUAUGAUCUUUGUUUGCGUACUUACUCAUAAGCUGUGACCAGUCUCCCUGACAGGGAUAUACAUUAGUGAGGGUCUACUAAAUGGAGGAACCACAUUUAUUUCUUGUGACACCAUUUUCACAAACAUGAUAAAUGCCAUUUAUUGUCUUAAAAGUGAGCUGGAAUAUCUACAAUGUACAUUCCUGUCAUAGGAAGCUUUAUGGUGCACCUUGAUUUUCUCUCUUAUUGUAAUUAGUAACAUAUCAAUCUUAUUUUUGACACUGUGUGGUACAAAGACCAUUUAUAAUUACCCUAACAAAUUUGUUGCUGAUACAAUAAUAUAUUUUUUCUAUACAAAAGUGCUCCUUAAUAGGACAUGUGAGUUAAGAAACAGCUUUUUCAGGUCUUCUGGUAAGAAAAUAAGCCAGACAAGCAAAAACCUUAAAGUAAUCACAUGAAAAUUAGCAUCCAGUGCUACUCCAGCUGCUGGCAAAACAGUGACUGGAAAAUACUCAUGAGUAAGCAUGAGUGUAGGCAGUUAAUGCAUAUCAAAUUCAUAUUUGAGGAGCCUUUGUAUCGGAAUUGUAUUGUGUUGUAUUUAUAGGUGGUAGAGGUAGGAUACUUCUAUUUAAAACAAAGAGAGCAACCAGUCUUGGACUUCUAAUGACCAAUGUUUCUAAGCCUGCUGGGAAUUCUCAUUUCUAGCUCAGGUUUUCCUGUCCACAGCACAUAAGUCAGUAUUUGUUUGUAUUUGCAUCUUGAAACACUUCUUGUAUUGACUGACAUAAUUCAGAAAUAAAUUCUGGCCACAAAAUAGUUUUACUGUGUUCAAAAGAUAAGAAUGCGACUAAUGUGGUAGACAACUCAUUCAUGUCAUAUUGUCAUUUUUGUAUCAGGAUUGCAACUUGCAUGUGUGAGGUCAUGAUAAAAUGUUAUUUAGAAUGGCAUUAGACUGGAUGGUGCUAUGUUGUGUUACACAACUGACCAAAAUCUUCCACUCCUUUAAUUUUUGGGUCAUUGGAGUUGCACCAGGAAUAAAUUUGACCAAUUACUUAGCAACAGUCAUGAAGGGUUGUUACAAUUGUUUAUAAUGUAUGGGUAUUGAAAUACUCAGAAGCAACUGUGGUGAUAUAGGAGCCUGACUGAAUCCUAAUGUGACUGACAAAUUUACUUGGAUUCUAGUACCACACAAAUGCUUGGGGAAGAGCAAUCCUUGGUCUUCAAUAAGAAAACAAUCACGUUUAGAGGUUAAUUUUCAAUUGCUUCUUUUGUUAGUUUGUUUGUUUAAUUGUCCAGGUUUCAGGCCCAAUGUCAUUGUUUUCUAAUGGCCAUUCAGUUUGCACCAUAGGGUGUUAAUAGUUUAUGCACUGAAAAGCGGUGAAAUAAUUACUUAAGAACACACUGCUCAUAUGUUUGUGUGUACAUACCUAUGUGUCCUGAUGUCUAGCAUGUGUAAUUUACCUUUUCUUUUUAAAGAUCUCCAUAGUUAUUCCCCCACUCCUACCCCUGGAACAGCACUUUUGGGUGAGAGGGAGAAACACUCUUUUUUUUUUUUUUUCUUUCUUUCCUCCCUCUUUUAUUGAUUUAGUUGCAUACCUGUGAGAUAUGCAAGAUAAUGUUAGGGCAUUUGCAGUGUGUGUGUGUGUGUGUGUGUGUGUGUGUUCCUGUUCUGAAAUAAUUUUCCAAGCAGAAAUUCCCUUUGAAAUAAUGUUUUGGAAAAAAAAAAUUUAAAAAAAAAUUAAAAAAAAGAAAUGGUGAACUGGAUGCUCCCUGUUUGCAUUUUAUUUAUCUGCUGAGGUCUAGUACAUGAAAUAGCAUUUAAAAGACAAAAGUCAAGGUUGAGCCAUAAAGCAAAAGGUAUAUUCUCUGUUCUAUAGUCUUUCUUCUUGAGGGUGGUGCAUGUUGUCAGGGUAAGCUACAGGUCGCGCAGAUGGUUUUUCAGGGCCCUGCAAUUCCUCGCACUGUUUUUAAGCUAGUGCAUAUGGUGCUUUAUAAUGCAAUUUCUGAAGUAAAAUUACCUUAUGCUGCACCCCCUUCCCCUUAUAAACACACGCACAAUUUCAGAAUUGUUAUUGUAGCCUCUGGUUUAGCAGUUUCUCCAAGGUGUGGUGAAGUAUAUGCCAGGACAAACACUCAAGACGAGCUGGGAGGUGCCACCGAAAGGGAUCAUUUUAGCUGACACAGGUGAGCGGCCCUGCUCUGAGCACUGACUGACUUCUGCAGCCUCCUGGCAGCAGCGCAGCGCUUCGUCUUCUGCGGCUCUGCAGAGCACGGCGGGGGGAGCAACAAAAUACUCAGUGGAUUUAUCAUGGACCCGUGUAGCUAAAUGUUUCUGAAUCUAUGAAAUCCUGUUGUCUUCGGUCAUCAUGCUCUGUCACUGUAAAACCAACAAAACAGAACAAAAAAGGCAUUUUUUAGUCUAAUUUAAGGAGCUGCUUCUUUUAUAGCACAUAAUAUUUCGCUUUGUACUAUAUUUGAUAGUUAAAGAAUAAUUUAGUCCGUAGAAUAACUUUGUUGUAUUUGUACUGUUCAUGAAUGUUACAAGAAAAGUGCUUUACUUUGUUGCCAUAAUUCUCUUGUAUUGCUGUAAAAUAUUUUUUCUGCUUUACGGAAACUUAACUCGAUUCACAUUUUCAGUACAGGGUUUUUUGUGUGUAUGUUUUUGGGGUUUUUUUGUCAGUAUUCUGAAUGUUUACAUCUGUUCAACAUUAGCCAUUCUUUGCCUUUAUAGGGCAGUAUUACUCCUGCAGUAUAACAGCAAAUGUGAAAUCCACUCAUACGUAACAUGCAUGAGAAAUACAGAUUUAUUGGGGAGAUCCCAAAUGUGCAUAGGUAUUUUUUCUAUCUACAUUCAGUGAAGUAAAUACCCUCCUUCAGUCCUCUAACCAAAGAAAAUAUUAUUCCCACAGGACAAGCUUGGAAGGUGGUUCUCUGAAUCUUCAGAAGGGGGUGUAGUUGGUUUCAGCCGGAUUGCUACAGUUUAAUGCUGUUAUGCUUCACUUUAUUACCCCGCCAGACGUGACUGGGUGAAACAAGCAUUUUAGCAAUGUUUUUGUUUCAAGACAGUGUUUUGUUUAGAAUUCAGGGAUCAUGCUUUCUUUAAUGGUGCUGUUUGUUUAAUUUUUUUUUUUAAGAAAACAACAUUUUGUUGCCUACGGAAAUGACCAUUCACAAAACCAUAAUUUAAAUAAAAUGAUUUUGUCUUCAUAACUUCUCUCUAUUCCCUUUUUCCUUUUCCUAUCCCUUGAAAAUACCAACUUGGGCUUCAAUAUUAAAAUA